GGCUCCCGCCAAUUCCGGCUGGCUCUAGAAUAACGCAGCUGCCGCUGCAAAUAACCAAGCUCUCUUUGUUACGGUAAACCGUCAAGAUGGUGAGGGAGACGAAACUCUACGACGUUCUUGGCGUCUCGCCAAAUGCCACAGAGCAGGAGUUGAAGAAGGCAUACAAGACAGGCGCGUUGAAGUUCCAUCCUGACAAAAACCACAACAACCCGGCGGCGGAGCAGAAGUUCAAAGAGAUCUCCCAUGCCUACGAGAUUCUUUCCGACCCCCAGAAGCGCCAAAUAUACGAUCAGUAUGGCGAAGCCGGCUUGGAAGGUGGGGCUGGCGGCGGCGGCGGUAUGGCGGCUGAGGAUCUCUUCGCCCAGUUCUUCGGCGGCGCCGGCCUCGGCGGCGGUUUCGGUGGCAUGUUUAGCGGCAUGCACCAGCCCCGCGGACCCUCGAAGGCCAAGACCAUCCACCACGUUCACCAGGUUUCCCUCGAGGACAUCUACCGCGGAAAGGUGUCCAAGCUGGCUCUGCAGCGGUCCAUCAUCUGUCCCAAAUGCGAGGGUCGCGGCGGCAAGGAAGGCGCUGUUCGGAAAUGCCCGGGCUGCGACGGCCAUGGCAUGAAGACCAUGAUGCGUCAGAUGGGUCCUAUGAUCCAGCGCUUCCAGACAGUCUGCCCUGACUGCAAUGGCGAGGGUGAGAUUGUUAAGGACAAGGAUCGCUGCAAGCAGUGCUUCGGCAAGAAGACCGUUGUCGAUCGCAAGGUCCUUCACGUCCAUGUCGAUCGUGGCGUCAAGAGCGGCACCAAGGUUGAGUUCCGCGGCGAGGGUGACCAGGCCCCUGGUAUCCUUGCUGGCGAUGUUGUCUUCCAGAUCGAGCAGAAGCCCCAUCCCCGCUUCACCCGUCGGGACGAUGAUCUCCUGUACCAUGCUGAGAUCGACCUGGUCACCGCUCUGGCUGGUGGGAAUCUCUACAUUGAGCACCUGGACGACAGGUGGCUGAGCGUUGAAAUCCUGCCCGGCGAGGCCAUUGCUCCUGGCUCCGUGAAGAUGAUCCGAGGCCAAGGCAUGCCGUCAUACCGCCAUCACACUUUCGGCAACAUGUAUAUCCAAUUCUCCGUCAAGUUCCCCGAGAAGAACUGGACCCAGGAUUAUGCUGCUUUUGAGGCCCUGCGGAGGGUCCUCCCCGCACCCGAGGUCGUCAACACCCCACCAAGCGAGGCUAUGACCGAGCCUGUAGACCUCGACGACAUCGACAGCUCAGCCAGAGCAUUCCCGAAUGGUGGUGGUAGUGCGAUGGACGAAGACGAGGACAAUGAGCCUCAUGCCGAGCGCGUCCAAUGUGCUACCCAGUAAGGGGGUAGCCU